GUUAAACCAACUGGAUAAGGCAGCAGAUGCCGCCCACACCUUCUUCCUGGCAAACCCGGAACACAUGGAGGUUCAGCAAGACCUUGAAAAUUACAAGACCACGGCAGGAAAAGUCGAUUUGGUUGACCGAGAAGCCAGACAGCACAUGGAGGAUUACCUUGCUGGAGUGAGGCAUUAUGACCAAGAGGAAUACCACCUGGCCAUCCAUUUCCUGGAGCGGGCGCUGGACGGAUACAGCACCGCUGACACGGAGUGCCGAAUCUUGUGCGAGGGCCCCCAGCAAUUUGAAGAGUAUGAAUAUCUGAACUAUAAAGUCACCCUCUAUGAAGCAAUUGCAGAUCACUACAUGCAAGUCCUCGUGUGUCAACAUGAGUGUGUGCGGGACCUGGCGACACGGCCCGGGCGUCUCUCCCCCAUCGACAAUUACCUCCCCCUCCAUUAUGAUUUCUUGCAGUUUGCCUAUUACAGAGUUGGUGACUACAAGCAAGCUCUGGAGUGUGCCAGGUCCUACCUUCUCUUCCACCCGGAGGACGAAGAUGUCCUAGACAACGAAAGCUACUAUGAAACCCUCUUAGAAGGGUCCGAGGAUCUUGCAGGCAUCGAGCCCAGGGAGUAUGCUGUGAUGUUCCUGCAGCGGCAUCAGCUGGAAGCGUACCUGCUACAGACGGCUGCGGAGGGGCUGGGAUUCUCGUACACUGAGCCGAGCUAUUGGAGCAUCUCUGGGGCCCGACUGGAUGAACACAGGAUUCCUUCUGGCGUCCACAGCAAUCAGUUGGAGGGUUCUGGGCGGCCUGCAGGAAAGAAGACCAUGCCCAAAGGGGACCGUGAGCUGAGGGAAGGGGGUCCCCUCCUCUACAGCAACGUGAAAUUUGUCUAUAAUUCGGAGCAGCUGAACGGGACCCAGCGGGUGCUGCUGGACAACGUGAUCUCGGAGAAGGAAUGUCGGGAGUUGCACCAAAUUGCCAACGGCAUUGUACUGGCUGGCGAUGGAUACAGAGGGAAAACCUCGCCGCACACACCCAACGAGCGUUUCGAAGGGGCCACCGUUCUCAAGGCUCUCAAGUUUGGAUACGAAGGGCGUGUCCCUCUGAAGAGCGCCCACCUUUUCUACGAUGUCAGCGAGAAAGCCCGCAAGAUUGUGGAAUCCUACUUCAUGCUCAAUUCCACCCUGUAUUUCUCCUACACGCAUCUGGUGUGCCGAACGGCCUUGCCAGGCCAGCAGGGCAAAAGGAAUGACCUCAGCCACCCCAUUCAUGCGGACAACUGUCUUCUUGACCCCGAAGCCAAUGAGUGUUGGAAAGAACCCCCCGCGUACACCUUCCGUGACUACAGCGCUCUCCUUUACAUGAACAGCGAUUUUGAAGGGGGCGAAUUCAUCUUCACCGAAAUGGAUGCCAAGACUGUGACGGCGUCCAUCAAGCCAAAGUGCGGGCGAAUGAUCAGUUUUUCCUCCGGGGGGGAGAACCCUCAUGGUGUGAAGGCCGUCACGAAGGGUCAGCGGUGCGCAGUGGCGUUGUGGUUUACCCUAAACCCGCUUUAUCGGGAAUUGGAGCGGAUCCAAGCUGACGAAAUCGUGGCCACGUUCAACCAGGAGUAUCUCGGACACAGUGAAUUCGGCAUCAACCCCAAGGACGAGCUAUGAGCCAGGCCCAAGGACAUGCAAUGUUUUUUUAAAAAGAAAAAAUAUUUAUUUAAUAUUUGUUUCAAAGUCUUAUCAGAACCCUUUAUUUUUGUACAAAGCCUGAAUCUAAAUUAAUGGACAGAGUCAGUAGGGAAAGAAAAGGGGGGGAUUGCAAAGCAGUCAAAACCCUCUCCGCUCACACUGUGCCUCCCAGUGGCCCUCCGAGUCUUCCACUGGGAUUCUCCUGCACUUUCUCAGAUUCCAAUUCCAGUGAGCCGCCUGUUUACAACAUCCCUGCGCUGGUGCUGGCCGUUCUGUUACCCUGUGGCGCUGAGUUUGAGAGCGCCGAAUGAAGAAGCGUUUUUGUUAGCACUUUCCACACAAAUUAUCUAAAACGUUUUCAGUUCCCCCUCCCUUUACCACGAUAUUUGUCUGCACUCACCCCCUUGAAAGGAUUGCUGGCCCCCAUUAGGUUCCCCCCUCUUCUGAGCUAUGUGUUGAAUCGAUGCAUCUGUGCUUCAGUUUCUUAAAGUGAUUCUCAUCAUUGGUAUAAUCAACGCUUUGAGGAUUUAACCGCACAAUUUUUUUAAAAAAAGCACAGAGAAAUGAUUACAAAUAAACAGUUGAGGGGGGACGCGGACCCACAAAAUGGCACCGUGGAGAAGGUUCGGGGACGGCACAGAGGAACGGAAAACGUCGUCAAUAGAUCGCACAGCAACCGAAGACAUUUUGAAAGCGUUUUUGACUGAAAUGUUUUAAAAAGAGAUUCGUUUAAAACAAUUUGAGGCUGGGGGGAAAAACAUUUUCAGAACGUAAGGUGGGGAGAAACAAUGUGGAACUCGGUGGAGGAAACAUUUUGUUUCCUGCCUCGAAACAUUUUAAAAGGUUUGUGCAGAAAGGGACAUUGUCUUCCUCCUGAUUCUCAACCGGAUCAUCAUCAUCCAGAUUAAUUCUCCUGUGGUUUUCCAGUGAAAAGAGAGGAACAACCAUAUAGGGCCGUGGUGGCGAACCUUUGGCACUCGAGAUGUUAUGGACUACAA